AUGAGUACAUCCGGUAAUCAACGGGCAACUGCUAAGGUUGAUCGGAAACGUAUUACGGACCGCAGAGCCCAGCGGAACCACCGAGAACGUGUCAAGGCGUAUAUCAGUCAUCUCGAGACCACUGUUGAGGAGCUUACCAAAGCGUCCCAGAAGGGCUCUGAACAGAGUCUACUACAAAAGCUGCAAGAAAAGCAGUUGGAGAUUGAGCAAAUUAAAAGGGCGAUACGGCAAGCCAACGAGGCCCUACGCACUGCCCUUGGCGCGGCCUCAUCCAUAUCACCUGCUAUCGCCGAGACCGUGCAUAAAGAUUCCCCAGAGAUAGCUAGCCAGGAUAAAACGGCACAAGGACUCAAUGAUCGCAAAAUACAGUUGGAAUCCAUAUUCGAGGAAAGAGAUAUCUCUCCCAGUACGAGCCGUGGCAGUCAAUUCCACAACGACCAUAGGAUAAAGACUUUGCAUUCACCAUAUGGCAAUCUGGCCUGUGGAGAUGGGCAAGUGAACUACUUCCAGGUAGUUAAUGAGUCCAUAGUUCACGUGCUCAGUGCUGGCCCACUGACAACUUCCGCCGAUGAUGACGAUGACUUGGCCAUUCGGGCUAUCUUACAUGGGUGGAAUGCUGUUAAAGAGAAUAGGCCACUCGACCAUGGCUGGAACUUUCUCAGAGCUCUAGACCAAGGACUAUUUCACCGCACUGGCCCCGUGGAGCGCCUGGCCAUCUUGCGCCUAAUGCGAUCCAUGCUGAUGUCGAAAAGAGGAUCCCCAGAGCACUCCACCGGCCAGAUUCCGUCAUUCAUGUUCCCCACGUACGUACCAGCCAUCCUGCGUCAAUAUGAAGCUAAAGCAGUGUGUAACAUCAGCACCAUGCAAACCCUUGUUGCUCAUGCCUGUAUUGUCGACUUUUUCGUGUGGCCAAACCUCCGCGACCAUUUAAUCGCCUCCGAAACCUCCCACACUCCCGAAGCAGCAGCGGCGCAUUAUGCGACAGAAAUCCAGCUAAGUUGGCCAUACCUGGUUCGAGAUGCCUUCAAGUACAACGAAGAGAAAGGCAAGUUCCAGUUUUCGGUCGAAUUCAACAACGUUUAUUACGACUUAAAAUCAUGGCAGUUUCGUUCGAACCCAGCACUCAAGAUGCUUGUUGCGAAUGGACCAAUGUCGUCACUGGAAGGGCGCUUGCAGGCCUCGACAAGUGUACUCAUGAGUCCUCUGGAUCCAAAUGGGUUUAUUGAAGCGGGGGCUGUUGCUGGCUAUUGA